GAGUGCGCGGAAACUUGAGUUGUCGCGGGAGUUUGUGUAGAGAAUUUUAGCAAAAUUUUAUACUCCGAUAUUAGAGUGAUUAAAUCAUUGCAAAAAUGUUGUUCAGAAGUAUAUAUGAUAGAUGCGAAGGACGGCGGAAAGUACGAAUACAAAGUUUGAUAUCACCUUUGCUUGAUCAGUUUGAGUCCCUCACCAGUGACGAUUAUUUAUUGGCUUCAGAGGAUGAUGGGGUGUCUGUCCCACCCCUUGCUUGCAGCUUCUGUCCAGUUGCAUCCUCUAGUCAUAUCCUGAGCCUGGUAGAUGAGAAUGGUUACCUGGUGCUGUACAAUACAUUACGCACUGGGACAGAGGCCAUUCUGACAGAGUGGCAGGCCCACAACAAUGCCAUCUUUGACCUUGCCUGGAUGGAGUCGGAAGAGAAGAUAGUGACUGCGUCUGGAGAUCAGACAGCCGUGUUGUGGGACCCUCAUACCAGUACCAAGAUGGACGUGUUCAAAGGCCACACAAGCAGCAUACGAUCUGUCGUCUUUAGGAAGUUUGACGAUGCUGUUUUAGCAACUGGUUCUCGAGAUGGCCAUGUCAUGCUCUAUGACAAGCGAUGUGCACACAAAGAAGGCUACAUCCCUCCCAUGAAUGUGAUCCGCAACGCCCACUCGAUUCAGGGGGUCAAGAAUAAGAAGCGCACCAAGCUAGGGAUGGUCAUGGACAGCCAACAGAGUGUGACUGUUGUAGCGUUCCAGUCGGACAUGUUGCUCAUCUCCUCAGGAGCUGUGGAUGGAUGUAUAAAGAUUUGGGAUUUACGAAAAAACUACUCUUCACUCAACUCAGACCCUUUGGCUCGCUACAGCUUCCCUUAUGAAGGACCAAGGGCAAGUAAACAUGGUUAUUCCAGCCUGACAAUGGACUCGUAUGGUACUAAUUUGUUUGCCAGCUGUACGGAUGACAUCAUCUACCAGUACGACCUUGUCACAUACAACAAACAUCCUGUGAACACCUUCCGGGGCCAUCAGAACCAUACAUUUUACGUGAAGUCCUCCAUCAGCCCGGACAACGACUUCCUCCUCAGCGGCUCCAGUGACUCCAUGGCCUAUGUGUGGGAGAUCGACAAGCCCAACAAGUCGCCAGUUGUGUUGAAGGGACAUCGGGCAGAGGUCACAAGUGUCGCGUGGAGCAGCCAUGACUUCACAAAGCUGGCCACGUUGUCAGAUGACAACUCCAUGAAGUUGUGGAGAGUGUUGCGGAGAGUCAAGCCACCAUUGUUUGGGGAGGUAGCAGGAACAGCAGAGAGGACCCACAGAGAAAUAGGAACUUCAACCAUACCCACAGCUAAGGAGACUCCCAAGAAGCCAACCUGUCCUGCCAGGGAGUACUCUCCCCUUGGUAAGCCUCGAUCGUCACCAGGGGGAAAGUCUCCCAGUGUAGGAAAGUCUCCCAGUGUAGGAAAGUCUCCGUCCAUUAAAGACUGGUUUAAAAAACAAUCCUUUAAAGAAAAUAAGCCCAAAGUCCUGUGUUCAGCGAGCAAGUACAUUUACAGUCUCCACAGAAACCCACUUUCCAUCCCUCUCCUCGGAAAGCAUCCAGGAUGAAGUUAGACGAGGAUCAACAGGAUGCAGGCUACUUUCAUGGCAGCAAUACAAUUCCUUUCAAGGCCUAUGUGGAAAAGGAGAACAGUUGUUCAGCUAAGAAAACUUCAAAAAGGAAAUUAGACAUAGGUGAAACAAAUGAAACGUGUAAACGGCGCCAUAUUGAACAAUGCAGUCCAGCCAAGAGCGAUAUGGUUUUACGUGAUUUGGAGGCGGAAUUAAACAAUUCAGAAAAGGCAAGUUCAUGUGAUAUAAGAUCUGAAGGAGUAAAAAAUUCUAUUAUUGACAAAUGUGCAAAUAGUGAGAAAGGAGAAGUGUUUUCACCAACUCGCAAUCUCCCCAACCUUGUGGUGGAUGAAGCUGAAGGUCGCCGAGAACGACUGUCACUGGCAAUGGCAAGCCCAAGUCAGGACAAGAAGUGCAUUGACUGGCUUACGCAGAUCCGCCGCAGUAAACAUGGACAUGGAAGGGGCAUAUUUCCGAGUCCAGCCAAGUCUGUGACAUCAGAGGAUGAUAUGUGUGGACGAAGUGACUGCUCCUCCCCUGGCAGAUCUAUUACAAGGACACCAGUGAAGGGGAUGAAGUCCAUCUUGAACUAUUUCCAGAAGUCAGCAGAGAAAAAGCCAAGGAAAUAAUGCCUCAUCCUUUCAAAAUAAAACUAAAAUUAUCCCAAAGCCUUCCAAUUUCAGUGGUGCUGCCUUUUACUGCCUAUUGGCUCCGUGGUCCAAUGUCCAUUUACAGUCUCUUGAAGAAGUAUUUAUGUGUAUACAGCUAUAGGGCAAGUUGAGAAUGAAAGGAAACAAAUUUGAAAUAUAGGUAGAACUUAUAAAUACCUAUAUUUUGUACUUGGCUAAAUUCUGCCUCAAAUCAACACCAGAUGAAAGUAGAAACACCCAAACAGGCAUUACAAAUACCAGUCCAUGUUGUAGAAUGAGGUAUACUCUGUGAAACUAAGUCUCUGAAAUGCAAUGUGAACUUAUGCCUUAAUUUGACUUAUGAAUAAAAAUCUCUAUUUUGAACAAUUUCCCCCAGAUUUGCUGGUAUUAGGCUCUCUUUUUUUUGUAUGCUAUACUAAUACUAUUACUAAUAACUGCAUUUUCAGUGAUACUGGUUUAUUUGUAAUCUUAAAAGAUCAUUUUGAAAAUAUAUCAAGCACCUGAUUUGGUACCCGAAUAUAUCUUGGUAGAGAGUGACAUCAAAAUAACAAUUAUUUUCUUGAUGGGAUUAUAUGAUUCAGAAGAGAUGCUUUAUUACUGGCAUCAGUUAGUUAUAGUUCAAGACAUAAGGCUAUGUUUCUUGGCAACAUGAAUACUAUUUAACAAUAUACAAAAGAAUAUGGAAAAAUGUAUAUCCUGACUUGUACCUGGUUUAAUUUGGUGUCCAUACCUCUGUUAAUUCAAAGUAUAUCAGGUGGUAAACUAUUCCUAGGAUUAUUUUAAUGUUUGAUCUCCAACAAAUUGUGAUAAAUAUGUUUUUUGAUAAUGGUGUACUGUGAUGACCCAUAGGUUUGUGGAAGUAGGUGAAGCUGGACUAUCAGUAUGUGUGGUGUAUAAUCUCCUUCAUCACCAUCAAUGUCACACUCAGUGUUGAACGUCAUUGUUGCGUGGUGUCAAAUUAUUAAACAUGGGAUGAAAUGGGCUCCAGACAUGUUAUUAUGGAUCAUGAAAUACAGACAAAUGUCUUGUUUGAUUUGGUUAGUUUUCAUGAAACAGGUGGAUGGUAUGAAUAUGUUUGUGUUGUGCUCUGGUGUGGCUGGUACUGAUCACAUUGUCAAUGAUUGUUCAUAUUUUGUUAUUUGUUGUCUUUCAUACAGUCAUCAUGAACGAGAUUUGUAAAUAAAAUCCUGUUGAUAUAA